GUGCAUGCGCUCUGAAGCUCAUCGGUUGCUGCGGCAACCGGCCGAGCUCGAGGAAGGGCUGGAGGCUUCGCUAGGCCGCAGUAGGCCGCAAGGGGAAGGAGAAGGAAAAAGGAGGACGCAGGAAGACGCGGAGGGACGCAGCGGGGCCGCAGCGAUGUCGGACUCCGGGCAGAGCCCGGCCCCGGGCGUGCGGCGGCGGUGGCCGAGGGAGAAGGAAGGCGACGGGAGCGGGGACCGGAGGGAGCCAAUAGAGGAGCCGGGCGCCGUGCUGCCGAAGACCCCCAUCAUCCUGGCGAAGCCCCCGGCCGAGCGGCAGGUAAAGUCGGCCGCAGGCCCCGCCCCUCCCCCUCCCGGCCCCGCCCCUCCCAUCGUGCUGAUGAAGGCGAGGGGGGAGGAGGGGCGGGCCGGGGUCGGAGCUGGGGAGGGGGCUGCGAUUGCCCCCCCACGAGAAAGGGAAGGACCCCGGCCCACCCAGCCCGUCUAUCAACUGCACGGCAGGGGGCUGCCCCCCCCCGGGGCCAUGGACCCGGUUGCGGGUCAGGCACGGCUGGCUGCACCUGAGAAGAUGAAGACCAGCAUCAAACUGGUGGACGAGCAGAUGAACUGGUGUGACAGCUUUCUGCUGGACCAGACCGACGUGUUGGUGGUGGGGGUGCUGGGGCUGCAAGGCACUGGGAAGUCCACCCUCAUGUCUCUGCUGGCAGCCAACCAGCCCGAGGAGGAUCCACG